GCCGGUCUGGACGACAUGGAGAAGUGAAAAUUCUUGUCCCCACAGGGACUCGAACUCUGAUCCCUUGGUCAUCCAGAACAUAGCCAGUCUCUAUCCAGAAUAUUCAUAGGCCUGUAUAUGAAACUUAAUUUAAGACAUGGACGUUAAGAAAGGAAAACAACAAAGAACAAAUAAACAUCAAGAAAGACUUCAGCAACCAGCAGCUUCAGCAUUUCAACUACCAUCUUGUAAAAUGAAAAAAUAUUCCACGCCAACAUUCCAAUCUCCAGCCAGCUCAAUGCCCCAAAUUCCCCACGAACAAGUACCAAAAUAUAACUACUCACCAAGCCAUAAACCCUUCACAUUACCUUCCAUACCGCAGUCUCAGCAGUCGUCUGUAACCUCAACAGAAUGCACGUCAACCAGGCAAGAUGUACCAGACUUGCCUUCUGUGUGCAAUAAGCCGAUGAAGAGGCCGAUCAGCAAAUCGAACAGCAGUGAGUCGAGCAGUGAUCGUAGUGUUACUGACACUCGUAACAGAAGCACUGGAGCGGCAUCUCUUCCUGUGGAGGUUACUGUGUCCUCACGUGUGGAAGUGAAAACAAAAUUUCCAGACAGCUUACCGACUUCAUCCGUGAAAAAUGGGUCUACCACUUCAACAUGCUCGUUGCCAUCGAUAGAAUCGCGGCAGCCUCCGAGAAAGAAACUGGAAGAAGUUGCUGGUUUUGUUGUUGUAACAAAACAAAAUUACUUCAAACCUCUCGGCAAAAAGCAGCAGAGUCAGAAGCAACAACAACGAAGUUCAGAACAGGAAAUAUAUCGCGUUCACAACCAGCGAGAUAACGACCACAAGAACGAGCAGAUGAACUGGCGUAACCAAAAGGAAGUUAGACUCGGAGGGACCAGCAGAUUUUAUCUUGACAGUCAAGAGGUGAACGGAGAUCAAGAAACAGAAGUGUCUGAAUAUGAGUCGGAACAAAAUCUUCAAAAAUCACUGGUUUUGAGGGCACAAACAAGUGAUAGUUUUGCAGACAAUUGUAUUGGAACAAUUGCUGUGGAUAAAAUUCAGUUGAGAGAUAUCUGUGACGAGAAAGAAAGUGGAAGUGAAAAUACUGUAAUAAAGGCAAACGAAAUUUAUAAUUCAGACUUUGGAAGGCAGAAUGUCGAGUGUCAGCUUUCUGAAGUUCCGCCAGACAAGUCGCAAGCAGGGAAAACCUUACCUCACGGGAAUUCCUUUGCAGAUAGAAGAGAUGAGCGCAACUAUAAGCAAGACACGAAAAUGCAUACAAUAACCGAAGGAUGUGUACAAGAAUUUAUCUCAUCAACACAACAAUCCCCUGUGCCUUCAGCACGAGGUAAAAUCUGUGCCAAUGACUACAUCACACAGCCCUACGUCCAUGCAUUAGAGUGUAUAAGCGAUGUAAAGAAACUUGACAAAAUUGAAGCUAUUGAAGGCUGGAUGAAGAUAUAUGAGAGUGAAUUUUUCAGUGAAAUAAAUAAAGAAAUUGAUAAUGAAACAACCAGCACUUCAGUAAAGGAGUCAAUGGAACGUAGCACAACUGUGCCUAUUCAAAAACCACAGAACUUAAUUUCACACUCAACAAUAUUACCAGGCACCAGAGAGAAAACUGUGGAACCAUCUGGAAUACAAACGUCUACAAAUUUCUUUCACAGCUAUGUAGAUGUAAUUGGCGCGAAACAGGGCGAAUCUCUCACACAAAGGAUUCCAGAAUUUUCUGGAUCUCAUACAAAGAGUGAAAUAACAAAAAAGUCACCCAGCACUAAAGUGAACCAAGAGGGCUUGGAUACUUUAAAAUUUUUUUCGGCUGAAAAGCUGGAGGAAAUGCAACUAAACCAGCAAAAUUAUGGGAAUACGGAUAAAAAAGAGUUACAUUUUCCAGAAAGUCUCUCAAGAAUUAGUCACGCAGGAGGCCAGCCUAUUCCUCCUAAAGGAAUGCAGGAAAAAUUUUGUUGCCCGAAUCAGGAUAGAGAAAGUAACUUUUCAGGAAACGGUUCAUUAAUGACGUCAAAUAAUCCAGAACGUACAGAUUGUCCCAUGCAAUCAGACAAUGUAAAGGUAGAAGACAUUUCAAUUGAACCCAUCUGUGAGGCCGUUCGUGUAACCUAUCAGCAGAGUAAUUCGUUUCCGUUCAAGGCCAGAUCAGGGUUCCAGAAAUGUCCAACAGAAGUCCGAAAGAACGCAACGCUUGAACAAAUUGAGGCAAUGAUCGAGCCCAAGACUGAAGAACAGCCAUCAAGGGAACGAACUUUCCAGAAGAGAGUAUCAAGAAACGCGGGUUCGAUGCCAGAACAAAUAAGAACUAAGUGCCGUGGUUUAAUACCGGAUAUUGUGAAAGUGAAACUCGGUAUUGACAAUCAAUCUAAAAUAUUAGACAGAUUAGAUUUAAUGAUGAAACAUAACGAAAUCAUGAAUCGGAGUACAUACAAGGACACAAGGGCUGCAUUAGUUCCGUGUUCAGAAAUCUUAAUGAGUUUACAUAAAUCAGAUAGUGGAACCGGAAGAGCGGAGCUCAUUUCGUGCAGACCGCUCAGUUUCCCUUCGUUUCAUUCGAGAAAUGUAACUGAUUCUGAAUCUUCUGGGAUUUAUGAGACGAAUAAAUCACAAACACAGUGCAGUGUGAACAGCGGGUGCAGCAACAUGUCAGCUAUCAAACAGAUGAGUGGUGAAAUGGUUACAGAACAGUGUCUUCGUGUUUCACCUCAGUGUUCAAGUUUGGAACAUUUUCUUGUAGAACAAAAUGAAGGGUCUGGAUACCAUGUACCAACUAGACAUCCAAUAGGGCGCGGAGCGUCUCUGCGACACAACAUGCACCUUGAGACUACGGCGGUUCCACCAUCUCCUGGAAUAUUUUCAACGUCUUCCCCAUCAGCAUGUCACUCAACCAUGAAUUCAACGCCAUAUGCUCUCCCACAACGAUCCACAGUUCCUUGCUUCAUAAACCAUGAUCUCCCAACUUUCCAUUCUCCGUCAUAUUCCCAGGACAUGUCAGACAUACCCUUAUCCACAAGUGACAUCAUUAUGGUUACAAGUACAGAAACGGAUUUUAGUGAUCACAGUCAACACAACUAUUCUCUGAGUCUCAUUCCAGUGUCCGCUAAAAGCGAAACCCAUUCACCAUACCCACAAGAGAACGCAGAGUGGCCGAGACUUCAACACGUUCAAGAACUUAAGCAAGAAAUAAAAGUCGAAAACGGCGAAAAUUAUACAAUUAUUGAUUUCCCACUAUGCAAUUUGGGCAGACAUGAAUAUGGGGAGGAAGUGAGCAUCAUGCCUCCACCACCAACCAAUAAUGCAGGUGGCAGACAAUCAUGUUCGGAUGAAGUAACCCCAUUUCCGGGGGACACCGGAUGUGUGUAUGGGAGUAAUGGACCCUUAACAAUAUCUCCCCAAUUUCCUAGUAAUCAGUCUCAGAUGUUACCACCGAUCGGUUCAAUAUCAAGACACUUUCAAGCGCAAAAUGAAGCAGACAUGAACGCGCGGAAUGUGAGCAGCUCCUCAGUAAGCACCAGACGCUCUUCUGCAAAAUCGGCAAAUGUCCGGGGCGGAAAACGAGCUCUGUCUGCAUCUCCUCUUGGGGAUGGAGUUGUAGACCUCACCAAUCUGAUCAGGUGCUCACCAACAAGUUUGCUGGGAUUCAGCAGCUCUUCGUGUUCCCAAGAAAAUGGACGCCAAGCUGGUCACGGGUGCUACGGUCACCUAUCAGCCAGAGAUUCUUGUAGCCCGCUCCCCUUCAACAACAACAAUCAGCAGGUGCAGGAAGAGGGAGCAGUCACGUGCGCACUGGCCAUGCGAUCGUUGGAGCAGACGUUUUGUCCCCCUUCUCACGACCUCUCGUCCAAUCAGAUCGUGUUGCCCCAGCAUGAAAGCGAAAUGCUUGCUUCAAUCAUGGGCAAGGUACCGCCAACAUACAAUCCAGAUGCGAUGGUGACCUUGUGUACACUGCGGGAUGACGUCACAACCUCCACACCAGCGGCGAGUACUUGCACCACGUCCACGUCACAGCCACUGGUAACGGACCCCUUUCUCGGAAUGCUGGGGAAUGAAGACGCCACCCAGCAGCAAACAAGCCCGGAACAGACUGAGGAUGAGGAGCCGGCAGGUGGCAGCGCACUGGAAUGUCGAUGGAUCGACUGUUACGCAGUGUUCCCCGAUCAAGAGUCACUAGUCCACCAUAUUGAGAAGAGUCACGUUGAACUGAGAAAAGCUGAGGAUUUCUCGUGCUUCUGGCAGGGCUGUCCAAGAAGAUCGCGCCCUUUCAAUGCCCGCUACAAGCUGCUAAUACACAUGCGGGUUCAUUCGGGAGAGAAGCCCAACAAAUGUCCAUUUGAGGGGUGCACAAAAGCCUUCUCCAGGCUUGAAAACUUGAAGAUUCAUCAGAGAUCUCACACAGGAGAGAGGCCAUAUUCCUGCCAGUAUUCUGGCUGUACGAAAGCAUUCAGCAACAGCUCGGACCGGGCCAAGCACCAACGCACACACGUGGACACGAAGCCGUAUGCUUGUCAGGUUGAGGGCUGCUCCAAGCGCUACACAGACCCCAGCUCGCUGAGAAAGCACGUCAAAAACCACACCACCAAGGAGCAAGUGCAAGCGCGCAAGAAGAUUCGCAGCGAAGACAAGAGUGUUCAUAUGGCGCCGGAAUCCCAACAGGGGGCAGAGCACUUUAGGAAGCACUCGGUGUCUUCUGCUUCAAGGGAUGCUGCUGACUCUUCCGCCUUGGAUCAGUCGUCGGUGAAAAGAUAUCCAGCAAGUUCGUCUUGCUGUGACAGUCAGUCCAACCACGGCACGGGCUAUACUUCUCCCAGCAUGCCAGGGGGACCUGAACUGGAAGAACUCGACUGUCGCUUGGGCUUUACAGCAACCGAGCCGGAAAUUCUGGACCAUGUUUUGAGAGAAGUAGACGGGUUUCCUUGUACGUCCAGCCUGGAGGAAGACAUUUUGGAGUACAUCCCGUUUGACUCCGUUAGAAGAUUACUGGGGGAGCAUAUAGAAUAUAUUGACUCAGCGCUGCAAGAACAAUUGGAACUGGAGUCUGACAUCGAACAGCAGUUCCUGGAACUAAGUAAUCUGGAACGAUGUUCACCGAGCCAGUUCUCAACGUUCCAACAUGACCAAUAGCAAUAUGAUACAAUAUUAAAGAAGUUUCCAAAGACAAAGUCAUUCUUAAUAUAUGGCUGAAAAGACACUCCAAGACUUCAAAUUAUAUAGUCCUUCGAAUAGAAUUGUAAUUAUAUUUUUUUUCCAUAAAAGAAUGUAUAAUACUUUCCUCACAUAUUUUACAGCGAAAAUAAAGUUAUAAUGAUCGUGCGACGUAAUGAAAUCAGCAUUCAGAAUUGUUACCGAUUGCAUAAGAACAAAUUUGAGUGUGAAUGUGUCCGAAUUGUGCCUUGGUAUGUACGAAUGCACAUUGGCGUGUAUGCAGACCCUGUGUAUACAUAACAGAGUUAAAUGAAAUAUCUGCCUACGUGUUAUUAAGCAAAAAAUUUCAGGUCUGAUCCGGAACAAAUUUUGAAAGUGUGCUCAGGACCACCAUACUCAGUCCGGUAGAGGAAGACUUGACACUGGACAUCUCGUAAUGUUACGUAGUAACGGCAGCAUACAGCUGGGAGCUUCCGAAGAAAAGAGCGUUAGAUUCUGUUACCGUUACCCUGGAAACCUCGGGGAGGUUGGCUGUGCGUAUUGUCUCCCAGAAGUCUGUGUUCGAUGAAUUUCGCUGCUACGUAAUGUAGUCACUUUACAUAAGUUUAUGUAAAUAAUUCCAUUUGUAUUUUUCUCUUUAAACUGGCGUCUCAUUAUUUUCGUACAUUGCAACAAAUCUGUUUUCUGUCACUGAAGUAUUUCCGGUCACUCAUAGUGAAUUUUGCCGCUUCUUGUGUCUCUAUUUACGACCUCUCAAGGAUUCAGUUCCGUAGGUUGAGUUACUUCUCUGCCUCUAGUAUUCCUAUUACAAGCAUGUUUUCUUGAAGAGCAUAUUUUUAAAUUUCUUUCUCUCUGAAAAUUUGAGGCAUUAUAAUGCCGGCGGAAGCUCUAAGGUCCAGUUAAUAUCCUGGACUUACUGACUGGCUCUGCUGCACAUAGCAUACGUGGAAAUAUCGGAUAUUCUGAAACAUAAUAGGCGAGGACGUAUCAAGGAAAUAUCUGUAAAUUCAUUACAAAUUUCGUCGCUUGGAAAAGGCUUAAAGUGAAAGAAACAUUUCAUCCAUUUGCCAACUCCCGAUAAAGUUUCACCAAAACAAAAUACGCAAUACAAACACCGUGGCCAUUCGUUCUAUGAUUUUUCAAAUCUAAAUUCUGGCAAGUACCCAAAACGGAUCAGUUAUGUGAUUACACCACUUUAAGAAGUAACCCACAAUUAAAAUAAAUGCCUCCUGCAACAUUACAUAAUACAAAUUCGCAUUAAGCUGUAUGAUCGCAUAACAGUAUUACAGGAAAUGUUCUUUCGUAAAUUACUUUUUCCACAUUAUGUUAUGUUGUCUGCACAGUCUGCCCCCCACAUAUACGUGUAUGAAAUUCCGAAUUGUAUGAAAAUGUGUGUAUAAAGUGCGUGUAUUUUAAACAUACUACUGAUGCUGAUAUUCAUAUGAGAAAUGCGCUUUCUUUGUUUCCAGAGGAAUGACUCGAAUCGCUUCCAGCUGAUCUCAUUACACAUUGAACUGUAUAUCUACAAUGAUAGUGAACUCUUUGUUAACAAAAUAUAGGCUAUAUAAAUAAGCUAGUUCUAUACAAAACAAAUGCAGGCCAAGAGAAUAGGAUUGAAACUAUAAUCGUAGGUUAUCAGCAACAGGUGUACUACUGAUCUGAAGUACUAUCGAUAAGUGCAGUAACUUUUAGCAUAAAAAUAAAAAAUAAGCAUUUUUAUUUAAAAAGUAUUUUUAUUUAUUAGCUCGGACAACAUGGCAUUGACUGUACUGCCCACAGAAAUUUAACCUGAAAAUAUUAUAUAGAUACAGUGUAUUCAUAUGGUUACGUAUUAGCACUCGGUAGACCGCGCGGUAUCGCAGCGGUAAAUAGUCAUGGAUCCGUCUUUGGAGGAAGGAGUUUUGCUUUUAGCUGUCGCUCUUGAUGAAGACGGAGGUGAAUCCCGGCAAGUAUUUUACUGAACACUAAAUCUGCGUAGUUCUUUUCCUCCACAUAUUCAGUAUGUCACAUAUAUGUACAAAUAUUUCCAUAACGAGUCUCUAAUUAAGUACGUAUAAGUGCUUGCUAUGUGUGUUCCUAUUUUAGGCGAAAGAGAAGAAUCACUUUGGUUCAUGAUAUGCACUUGUCAAGAGAGGAACUGGGGGAGUUUUAUACAUUGAUACCCCAACUCCUGAAGGACGAAAAUCGGUUCUACAUAUAUUUAAGGAUGAAUAUUGACAGGUUUGAUGAAAUCCUGAGAGCCAUCAGGCAAGACAUCACUAAUCAAUAUACCAAUUGGCGGAGGCCUAUUCUUGCCAUGAAGUGGAGGAUUUUUUGAGACCCAUAGAACUGAAAGAAUGAAAUAUAAAACACAUUGUAUCAGCAGCGUGUUUGCUUCAUAAUUUUCUACAUCUCAAAAUCUGUGAUGAAAAGUACAGGGAAGAACUGCUACGAGUGGAGCCAUUAGAAGGAGAAAUGUUCCCUAUCCAACCUUUACGUCUCCCAAGGGCGCCAAACGUUAGCUACGCCAUUAGAGAGCGGUUUGUUGCGUACUUCAACUUGAUGACUGCCCCUGGAAUUCCUGUUAGUGAACGGAACUGAUGCAUAGCCUACACUAAGAAUGCCCACAGUUACUGUAUACUUAACCCUAUAUAAAUAUAUACACAUUUUUCUACUUGCUGUCUCUGUUCAUUGUAACAGCCA